UAAACAUCUAACUGCCGAAUAUUUAGAGAAAUUGAUCGGCGAUUGUAAUGUUAAAUCCCCAAAACGAACGGUGAAGCUUCCCGGGAAAACGUUAAGAAAAUUGGGAUUUAGGGUUUAGAGAUUCGGUUACUAGGAUCGUAAAAUGUCUCAGACUGGGAAAUUGAUGCCGAAUCUCGAUCAACAGAGCACGAAGAUGCUCAAUCUCACUGUUCUCCAAAGAAUUGAUGCUUUCAUAGAGGAGAUCCUGAUCACUGCUGCUCACGUCACCUUCUACGAAUUCAACAUCGACAGCAGUCAAUGGAGUCGAAAAGAUGUUGAAGGAUCUCUCUUUGUUGUUAAGAGGAGUACUCAACCUCGGUUCCAGUUCAUUGUAAUGAAUCGGCGAAACACAGAUAAUUUAGUGGAGAAUUUAUUGGGAGAUUUUGAGUACGAGGUUCAAGGUCCAUACUUGCUGUAUCGAAAUGCUGCACAAGAAGUUAAUGGCAUUUGGUUCUAUAAUCCUCGUGAAUGUGAGAAAGUUGCAAGCCUCUUUAGUAGAAUACUUAAUGCAUACUCAAAAGUUCCUACAAAGCCAAAAGCAUCUUCAAGUGCAAGUGAAUUUGAAGAACUAGAAGCAGUUCCUAGCAUGUCUGUAAUCGAAGGCCCGUUGGAGCCACCGGCAACUACCUCUCCUGCUAUUGAUGCCCCUCAAGAUUCAUCAUUUGUUAACUUCUUUAGUGCUGCUAUGAAUCUCGGAAGUAAUGCUCCAAAUAGUACAAUACCAGCACAGCCUUACCAUUCUAUCUCGACCACCCCUCUUUCUUCUCAUGCACCAUCUGCCAUAUCGACUCUUACACUUGCUCCAUCAAUGUCAUCCCCUCCUCUUUCUGCUCAACCUUCGCUUGAUUCAGUAGGUAGUGGUAACCGAGUGGCUAAUCUUGUAAAGCCUUCUUCAUUUUUUGUACCCCCUUCCUCCUCCUCAUUGAUGAUGCCACCUCCCUCUUCAUCAAAUCCAACCAUUUCUACUCUUCAUCCACCCGUCAUUCCACAACGUCCUUAUGGCACUCCAAUGCUUCAACCCUUUCCACCACCUACUCCACCUGCAUCUCUCACUCCUGGUGCACUGCCUACUUUGCACAAUGGAUCUCUGAUUAGCAGGGAUAAAGUCCGUGAUGCACUACUAAUGCUUGUUCAGGACGAUCAAUUCAUUGACAUGUUCUAUCAGGCAUUGCAGAAGGUGCAUCACAUGUGAGCACCUUUGAGUGGAUCCUCAAGAAACUUCAUUUUUAUGUUCAAACGUGCACCUCAUUCUUUUUAUUUUCUUUGAUUUUCUAUCUAAACUUUGACACUUGGUUUGAUCUACACACCAAUUGUUUACGGAGGACAAGGUGUUGAUGCAUAAAAAA